AUGCCUUUCACCGCUGUGGUCCUGGACGUGUCCCACCGCGAAGGCGAAGACAACUUGCUGUAUGCGACGAAGUCUCAUGACGAGAGUCUCUUAACGCUUCGAGGAAUGCUGGCGGCGUCUGCAGGUGCAUGCAGAACUCUCUUCCACGAAUGCAUUGUCCAUGCGUCCUUGAGCCCAGACGUGCACGCCGCAUACGUCGACGACAGCGAUGUGCUGUUAGUUCUGAUGCACGCAUCACCCUCUGCAACAUGCCUGGUCACAGCAUCUCUCAUGGAGCAGUUCGUUCAACGCAGCAUCAAUAUCAUACGCGCUGUGUGCGGCCCGAGAGGACCCAAGCUGUCAAACUGGCCACAACCACGCCUCGAUGCAUUGUUCGAGAGCCUGUUCCGUCGCUUCGACCUAGAAACGACAGAGUGCAUGAUGCAUUCCUUGUUUCCUCAAAGUGUACCGUACAAUCAAAUGCCCCUCGACAGAUUGACCACCUUGCAUGGCCUUCUCUCUGUUCUUCCCAACACCUGCGUCGGACGAGCCUUGUUCUGGAGGUCAGAGCUAAUCCACACCGAGCUCGACGGAUGCCAAACCAGCCUUGUGUUUGAGUGCCUCACAUCCCAAGAUCGUCAUGACGUCCCUUGCACUACUACUGUCAUCUACCUCAACGGCAACCAGUUCAAGCUUGUAAUUGCUGGUAGCAGCACUACAAGCGACCCCUUGGACGGAUGGUCGCUCUGUGCGCUCUUUUGCGUCGGUGGCGAUGACGCUGGUACUGAUGGUCUCACCACCCAUGACGUGGCAGCCACCACCGCAUUGCUGGAAACCAUCACGAUGGCCUUGCCUUGGCCUCAUCCCGCGACCGCCUCGAAGGAUGCCGUGGAAGCCGUGGCGUACGACAUCGUGGGGCGGAUGGUUCUCUCCUCUUCGUCUGUAUCCAGUCAAGUGAGUUGGCGCCGUGUCUUCUUCCAUCACGUCGGCCUCAUGCGGGCGGAAUUUGCCCAUGCCCAGACUAUGCAUGACAUGGUGCAUGCUGAGGUCGUGGACCAACCCCACCACUUCCCCCUCCCACCAGGCGAUCCCCUGCACGACGACGAUGGAGGAACGGGACCCCACGACGACAGCAGCCUCCUCUCGUCGCGGUGGAGUCGGUUCCGUCCGCCGCCCAUCCUCAGCCACCCCCUCACGCAGGUCAUGACCCGCGUCCAGAACGGCGACCUCUGGAUCGUCGGCCAUCGGUACGCUACGUACGAGCUGUAUGCCCUCGUGCACGAUACAGACAAGUCCUCGACUGCUGUCAUCAUGGAGCUGGUCCACGAGGCAUGGGACCACCUCGUGGCUGUGCCGCCCACCGCAAAUCCAAUGGGCUUCGUGUUAUGA